CAGAAGUUGCAGGAUAUACAAAAGCUGCAGGAUUUGCAUUUGCAGAAUUUACAAAACCCACGUAACGAAACGACCAUUCCGUCCAUAUUACAGAAGAUUGUGACUAUCAUUAUGGGCACAUCAACAACCACGCCGUCCCCCAGCCCGGCACCUGCGAUAAAACCUUCGCCUGCUGCGUCGACCGCCGGGUCAAAGCGAAAGCGAAACAACCCGGGAAAAUACUACGCAGUGAAAAAGGGCUAUCAACCGGGUGUAUAUUUUGAAUGGAAUGAUUGCUUGACACAAGUGACGGGGUACAAAGGCGCAAUCUUCCAGGCAUUCUCGACAAUUGAAGAGGCAAACUCAUUCCUGAGAGGCACGAAAGCGCCGCUUGGCGGUGUUACACACUCGGAAUCGGUACAUAACAGAUUUUACGGGAUUCAGCGCGGGCGUGUGCCGGGUGUCUACACCGACUGGGCUCAGGCACAGGAGCAAAUUCGAGGCUUUCAACGACCAAGCUAUAAGAAAUUUUCGACGCGCGCAGAGGCAGAAGAAUUCGUGAAGAUGGGCCAGCAGUCUGGGGCGUCAUUCGCAUCCGACAGCACUAAGACACAGAAGCUUUCUGGAGCCCCUGGGAUGAUGGAUGAAAUACCAAAGGAUGAGCAUGGCGUUCCGUACGAGGCAGCAGAUGGUCCGUUGGGCCUGGACGCGGAGGAUGGAUUCGAUCCCAAUGUGCUUCUGGAUCCGAAAACAGGCAAAGCGGUCUACAAGCUUCCGGAACAGAAGACUGUCACAAAAGUUCAGGCAAAGGGACCACCGGGGAUGCUCCGAAUUUAUACUGAUGGCAGUUCGCUAGCAAAUGGUCAAGCGGUUGCAUCUGCAGGUGUGGGAGUCUAUUUUGGACCUGGGGACAGCAGGUUUGUUUCUGCCUCACUAAUUCCGCUUUUCCAGUUGUGUCUAUUCACUGACACCGAUUAUCACUAGUAGAAAUGUCUCAGAGCCUUUGAAGGGUAACCGACAGACCAAUCAACGCGCUGAAUUGACAGCGAUCCUCCGGGCCUUGGACAUCGCCCCGCGACACCGCGAUGUCACUAUCUUCACAGACAGCCAGUAUUCAAUCAAAUGUGUGACUGAGUGGUUCCGGAGUUGGCGG